GGACACGAUACACAUAUAUUUCGAGGCAUACAUGAAAAACUUGGUCAAGCCUCGCUACGAAAGCAAGAGGAAGGAAAAAAUUGUGGACAGAAGCGCCUCCACCACGUUCUCGAAGCCAUACGGCUUCCCCCGCUACGACAUCAGUCCCGAAAGACCACCUCUGCGCUUUCGCUCGACUCCUGCUCCGACAUCGCCCUCGGCAUUACACACAAGGGGUCUGACCACUCCGAAACCAGGAUGCCUCUUACUCGCCACGUCCGCCCCCGAAGGGACCAAGAUGCAAACGACAAGAGCUGCUGCCCCCAAGGACGUAUACCGUCGAGCGACGGUACGUAUCUUCUCGUCAGCCAAAUAGCUGCCGCACAGAGGCCCACUCUCCAUCUCCGAACACAUCUCCGAAAUUGCGCCUGCCGUCCUGUGUGCCCCGACCGACGCCUCUUGCCUUCAAUCAAACACGACGAGCAUGCGUUCUCGCCGCGGAAGGCUCUACACCACACCAAGUCUCUCGCAGCACAGCCAUCGAAUGCCAGCCGAAAUCUUCCGCCCAGCCGAUCACACUUCACAACAACCCACAAGGAGCGAGAACGUAUCUCUAUUGCACCGACCAAGGGCGAUGCAAUUCCAGUGAGCAGCGGAAGGGACCUUGUACUGGGGUCGGAGAUUCGGUGGGUAGACGAAAGGCACGACAGUAUCUCAAUAUGGGUGAGCAGUUCCCGGGUCUACAAACACACACUGUGCAUCUGAGAAGCAACAAGCUUUCUGAAAUCGGC